GUAGUAGAGUCAAAGAAUGAAAACGAAGCACACAAAUCAUCAGAAUCCGAGGAACAAACAGCGUAUAGAUGGAAACUUUGCAAUGUUACUGCUGGUCCAGAUUAUAUCCCUUGCCUUGAUAAUUUGCUAGCAAUUAGGAAUCUCCGGAGUACAAAGCACUAUGACCAUAGGAAGAGGCACGGUCCAGAAGAGCCCCCCACUUGCCUUGUUCCUCUACCCGAAGGCUAUCAACGCUCACUAGAGUGGCCUGCAAGCAGGGAAAAGCCUGUGCCUGAUAUAGCCUUGGGAAAACGCUCACAAGUGGUAUUGGAUGUCAGAUGUGGGGUUGCUAGCUUUGGAGGCUAUCUCUUUGAUAAAGAUGUCCUAACCAUUUCAUUUUCUCCAAAAGAUGAACAUGAAGCUCAGGUUCAAUUUGCACUUGAAAGGGCAAUCCGUCGUAUAUCUGAUGUGAUGGGUACAAAGAGACUUCCUUUCCCAAGUAGAGUUUUUGAUAUGCCUGUGCCUGAUAUAGCCUUGGGAAAACGCUCACAAGUGGUAUUGGAUGUCAGAUGUGGGGUUGCUAGCUUUGGAGGCUAUCUCUUUGAUAAAGAUGUCCUAACCAUUUCAUUUUCUCCAAAAGAUGAACAUGAAGCUCAGGUUCAAUUUGCACUUGAAAGGGCAAUCCGUCGUAUAUCUGAUGUGAUGGGUACAAAGAGACUUCCUUUCCCAAGUAGAGUUUUUGAUAUGGUCCAUUGUGCGCUGAGUAGGGUUCCCUGGCAUAUUUAA